AUGGUCAGAUUUGCUUCUCUGGUGGGAUGUCUAUCCCUCGUGGCAUCCUGCGUACUUCCCGCUGCCGCCAUAGGGACAGAAUAUGUCGUCGUUGAGCAACUACCGGGAGUGCCGGAGGGCUGGGUCAAGGGCGAGCCCACGAUUCGGUCGAAGCUGAUGCGGUUCAAGUUGGCGCUGAACCAAGAGAAACCCGCCGAUUUUGAGCAAAGGGUGGUGGAUCUUUCCACCCCCGGACAUCAGGAAUAUGGAAGACACAUGAGCCGCGAAGUCGUGAGUGAUUUCGUGCGUCCCUUCGAUCAGGGCACGGAAAAGGUCGUGGCCUGGCUUGAAGGCGAACAUGUGCCUGCAGAAUCGAUCGAUGUGCAUGGGAACUGGGUGGAGUUCGCGGUCGAUGUUGCACAUGCGGAGUCAAUCCUGAGGACGCGUUUCUACCGCUUCUAUCAAGAGACAGUCAAAGAUGGGGAGCCCCGGGCGUCAGUAGUCAGGACGCUGACCUACUCAGUGCCGCGGGACAUCUACCCCUACGUUUAUAUGAUUCAGCCAACCACGCGGUUUGGGGCGCUGGCCUCCCAGGUAACUGUCCAACCGAUUAUCAUCUCGGCCGAGGAUGUGGACGGGGAUUGCGCGGCAAAUGUAACCCCUGAUUGUCUUCGCGAACUGUACCAAAUUGACGACACCGAUAUUCAACCGGACAAGCGCAACAUUCUUGGCAUUUCGGGGUAUUUGGACCAGUAUGCCCGCUAUGGUGAUUUUGAAGAAUUUCUACACCGGUUUGCGCCCGAUCGGGCGGACGCCAAUUUCACUGCGGUCUCCAUCAACGGUGGUCGCAACUUGCAGAACGACACAAGGAGCAGCGGGGAAGCCAGUCUCGAUAUCCAGUAUGCCUUUUCUCUGGCGUACAAGGCGCUUGGCGUGUACUACAGCACCGCCGGGCGAGGCCCCUUCGUUCCCCAGGUCGGCCAAGACGAGACAACGGACGCAGAAAACGAGCCCUACCUCGAUCAGCUCCACUAUCUUCUGGGCUUGCCCGACGACGAGCUUCCCGCUGUUCUCAGCACCUCUUACGGCGAAAAUGAACAGAGCGUCCCCGAGAAAUACGCAUAUACAGUGUGUAAUUUGUUUGCGCAGCUGGGCGCCCGCGGGGUCUCGCCUACGUUCCCGGCAAAUUGUCCGUUUGUCACCGCGGUCGGCGGCACGCACGGCAUCGAACCGGAGAAGGGUAUCAGCUUUUCCGGCGGCGGGUUCUCGCAAUACUUCAGUCGGCCUUUCUACCAAGAGGCCAGCGUCAGCGCUUACUUAGACAAGAUUGGAAAUACCUUUGAGGGGCUGUUCAAUGCGGGUGGCAGAGCCAUCCCUGAUGUUGCAGCACAGGCGAUAAACUACAUCAUCCUAGACCAUGGAUCCUACGCGAAAACCGGGGGUACUAGUCUACCAGUCACAGUCACCAUGGCCAGCGGCGGCGACAUCCGAUCCCUCGUCUCGGAGCUCCAGAACGCUCUCAACCGCCACCAAUUCGAAGCCGUCAGCGAUCUCCUCAGCCGCGCCAAGCGAGCCCUCCUGCUGCAGAAUGCCCUGAUCCCGACACCAUCGACGUCGCCUGAGCUAGUCUCUGCGGCUCGCGAGAUCCUGGAAGUGGGCGCCCUCGCUUCCAUCAGGCAGACCGACGCUCCCACCUUCACACGAUACUACCAGCAGCUGCAGCCCUUCUACGAUCUGGAGCGGGACAGCAUCGGGGCCGGCAAGGUCGACUUCAAGACGAGCCAGCGCAGCAAGGUCACAGGCUUGUAUCUGCUGCUCCUGCUCAGCAUGGGCGACAGCACGAGCUUCCACACGGUGCUGGAGGGUCUGGUGGAGGAGGCGAGCCUCAAGGGCAAGAGUGUCGAGGAUGAUCCGUUCAUCAAGUAUCCUGUUGAGCUGGAGCGGAACUUGAUGGAGGGGAGCUACGAUAAGGUGUGGCGGGAGACGAACUCGGAGCGGGUUCCGUCGGAGGAGUUUGCCUUGUUUUCGAGCGUCCUGGUCGGAACCAUCCGCAGCGAAAUCGCCGACUGCUCCGAAAAAGCGUAUCCGUCGCUUCCCAUCUCCAACGCCAAGAACCUCCUAUUCCUCGAAUCCGAAGGCGCCGUCAUCGAGUUCGCCCAGCAGCGCGGCUGGGUGCUGCGUGACGGACGGAUAUACUUCCCCGUGGAGCCCGAGGCGGCGGCGCGGUCCGAGAAGGACAUUCUGGUCGCCAGCGGCACGAUUAUCGAAAAUGCAGUGGGCUACGCCCGAGAGCUAGAGACGAUUGUCUAA